CUCCAGUCUCCAAAGUGUUUCCAUCCUUUCCUACCAUUCGCUCUCCUCUCUCGACGACGAACUAAAAUUUGCGCCAAUGAAUCGAAGUGAACGCUACUUCUCCUAGGAGAACGAUCGAAGACCAGAAGUUUACAGCAAUGGCAGUUGCAUCUCUCUCUCUCAUCCCUUACUCACUCAGCUUCACGGGGGAGCGUCCCAAUACUCUCUUCUCCUCGGUCGCUUCCACUUCGUCUUCAUCGUCUUUCCUGGGAACGAGUCUUUGUUUCCAGAAGAAUUCUUUGCCUCUAUCCUAUUCGCAAUUCAGUAAGAAGAUAUAUGUAAAGCGCUAUGGGACUAUGGUUAGAGCCGCAACAGAUUACUACUCCACUCUCGGGAUUUCCAAGAGUGCCAACAGUAAGGAAAUCAAGGCGGCUUAUAGGAAGUUAGCUCGACAGUACCAUCCCGAUGUCAAUAAGGAACCUGGUGCAACAGAAAAGUUUAAGGAAAUCAGUGCAGCAUACGAGGUGCUAUCAGAUGACAAAAAACGUUCAAUGUAUGAUCAGUUUGGUGAGGCAGGUGUAAGAAAUGCUGUAGGAGGACAAGCUGGUGCUUACACGACCAAUCCAUUUGAUCUGUUUGAGACAUUUUUCGGGCCUUCCAUGGGAGGAGGUUUUUCUGGAAUGGACACAGGAUUCAGCACUGGUCGGCGUAGUACUGUUACUAAAGGCGAAGAUUUAAGAUAUGAUAUGAGUUUGGAGUUCUCUGCGGUCAUAUUUGGAGCAGAGAAGGAAUUUGAACUUUCACAUCUUGAAACAUGUGAAGUCUGUUCUGGAACUGGAGCAAAAAUGGGCUCCAAAAUGAGGAUAUGUUCUACUUGUGGCGGAAGGGGUCAAGUUAUGCGAACUGAGCAAACACCAUUUGGCUUGUUUUCACAGGUUUCUGUAUGUCCAAAUUGUGGUGGGAAUGGCGAGGUCAUCUCUCAAUACUGUCAGAAGUGUGCUGGCGAGGGGCGUGUACGUGUUAAGAAAGACAUAAAAGUUAAGAUUCCGCCUGGAGUUGGCAAGGGCAGUAUUCUUAGGGUGGCUGGUGAAGGUGAUGCUGGACCAAAGGGGGGUCCUCCUGGAGACCUUUAUGUGUACCUUGAUAUUGAAGAGAUACCAGAGAUCCAAAGAGAUGGCAUAAAUCUACUAUCAACUGUUUCAAUUACUUAUCUAGAUGCUAUCUUAGGUGCUGUUGUCAAGGUGAAGACAGUAGAAGGAAGCAGUGAUCUUCAGAUUCCGUCUGGUACUCAACCUGGAGAUGUACUAGUAUUGGCCAAAAAAGGUGUUCCAAAGCUAAACAAAUCAACACUACGGGGAGACCACUUAUUCACAGUUAAAGUUACUAUUCCAAAACGUGUUAGUGGGAAGGAGCGGGAAUUACUUGAAGAGCUUGCUUUAUUGAAUCAGAAUCCUAGCCUCCGUACACAGAACCGUCCUAAAAUAAUUCAGCAGGCUGUUGAAAACGCGGACAGUGAAAAGGACGCUGUUUCGGAGAAGAAAGAAGAGAAGACAGAGGAUGAGAAUGACUUUUGGAAGCAGUUAAAAGAUGUUGCCGGGUCUAUUGUAAAUGGAGCUGCAAAGUGGUUGAAGGACAAUCUAUAGAGUUGAAAAAAUACUGAAACAUUAAGAUGAUGAUGGUGAUGAUUGUGUCUCUAAAUUGAAAUCAUAAUCUUAUAGGUACUUAUAAUAAGAGGAUCAUUUUAUGAGGGAGCGGUUGACAUCUCAAAUUCCUUCCUUGCUUUUGUAUAACGAAGGAGAGGCUUCAUAUUCACAAUUUGUAAAUCUUAGAAUUGAUUGUCGUCAUCAAUUCAUUGAUGGAGUUUAGGAGACAGACACACACAGACGGACUUAAUAAUUCACAUCUUUUAACAAACAA